AUGACCUCCAUCAUGGAUGCCGCCGAAAGCGAAUAUGCUCCCAAGUUUGCUCCAUUCUUUGGCAUGGCUGGGAUCGCCUUUGCUAUGAUCUUUGGAUGUCUGGGAGCCGCCUAUGGCACGGCAAAAUCUGGCAUUGGAAUCGCUGGUGUGGGAGCAUAUCGUCCUGAUCUGGUCAUGAAGUCUCUCAUCCCCGUUGUCAUGUCUGGUAUCAUCGCGGUCUACGCCUUGGUCAUUGCAGUUUUGAUCGCCAGUGAUAUCGCUCCCCCGCCUCACACGUACAGCUUAUUCACGGGCUUCAUGCAUCUGGCCGCGGGUUUGAGUGUCGGGCUAGCUGGUCUCGCCGCCGGAUACGCCAUUGGCGUCGUCGGAGAUAUGGGCGUGCGCUGCUACAUGCAACAAUCCAGAGUCUUUGUCGGCAUGGUCCUCAUCUUGAUCUUUGGCGAGGUCUUGGGUCUCUACGGCUUGAUCGUCGGCCUGAUACUGCACUCCAAGUCUUAG